AUGGAGAAACCGCAUGUUGUGGUAGUGCCAUUCCCAGCACUCGGUCAUUCAAUCCCUUUGCUCGACUUCGCUAAGCAGCUGGCUUCGCAUGGUCUCCUCGUCAGCUGUGUCACUACGGCUGCAAAUUUACCCCGCCUACAUCACCAAAUGAAAGAUGCUAUUUCAUCCGGCCUCGAUAUUCGCAUCGUAGUCCUUCCAACACCUGCAAUUGAAGGCCUGCCCGAGGGGAUGGAAAGCUUUGAUCAAGUUCCAACUGAACAAUGCAAACUCAUUUUUGAUCUUGCUCUUGCUCUAGAGUACCCUUUUGAUCGUUGGCUUGAGAAAGAAGGGCAAGAAGAGAGAGGAGCUCCUGUUUGUAUAAUACAUGAUAUGCUUUUGGGGUGGAGUAUGGGCGUAAGCGAGAGGGACAGUAUCCCCAGGGUGUUCUUCGAUACGUACGGGGCAUUCGGACUCAGUCUCUUGAUUUCUGCAUGGCUUUCUGCGUCGCAGAGUGUGUUAAAGAAAGAAGGGGAGACUCUUGUGCUCAGCUUGGAUCUUCCUGCUCCUGUGCGAUUGGAGAAACACGAAAUAGAUGCCGGAUUGUUCGAGCCAUUCAUGAUGGAGGUAAUAGGACGUCUGCAGUCGCUGAAUCAAGGAUCAGGAAUACUUGCAAAUACGUUUGAAGAACUAGAGGAUGAUUAUCUGCAACACUUGAGAAAUCUGACGGGUAAAAUGGUGUGGUCUAUAGGCCCCGUACUUCCACCUAAUUGUUUUGGCGGCCCAGUGAAAGUGAGCUCCCGAGGGAAGAUGGCGGACAUCAGCGAAGAGGACCUGGUCCAAUUUCUGGAUUCACAAAGCUCUUGUUCUGUUGUGUAUAUUUCGUUUGGAAGCCAGACCUUCUUAAGUAAGGAACAGAGUAAGGCCCUUGCAAGUGGACUCGAAGCCAGUGGGCAGCCAUUCGUUUGGGCUAUCAAAGUGUCCCCCAAGAUGAAUCCUAGCGCAUCCGACACACCAAUCGACCUCGCACGCAGAUAUCUUCCCGAGAGGUUCCUGGAGCGAACAAAGAAUAGAGGGCUGGUCAUAUGGGGUUGGGUGCCACAGCUUGUUAUUCUCUCUCACCCAUCUGUGGGCGCUUUCAUGAGCCACUGCGGAUGGAAUUCCAUGCUUGAAAGCGUGACUCUGGGAGUUCCGUUGAUUACUUGGCCCAUGUAUGCAGAUCAGCACUUCAAUUCUAAGCUGGCAGUGGAGUUGGGCAUUGGAGUCCAAUUUUGCGAACAUAGAACUGGAAUUCCAGACAUGCAUCGAGUGAAAGAAGCUCUGAAUCUAGUUUUUGUUGAUGAUAAGAGCAAAGAGAUCAAAAGAGCUGCGGAAAAGUUGAAGAGCAUGGCGAGAAAGGCUGUUGAAUACGGAGGAUCUUCAAAAUCCAAUCUGCAAGAUUUUGUGAGUGAGAUUCAGAAGUUGGAGUUGGCAAGAAAGGCUAUAGCACAGCGGACGUAUUCAAAACCUCAAAUACAAGAAGACUUUGUGCCGCUGAGUGUUUCUAAAGCUGUAUAA